GUAAAGUACCGCGUUUGGAAGACACUGGAAUUUUAACGGCCGGCUGGGCGAAACAAUAACAACAACAACAAAAAUAGGAUAGUGCUAGAAGAAACGUCAAAAUGGGCUUCCUGGGUCGCUUACUAUUCGUGGGCUUUUCACUGCUACUGGCCAUUGGUUACAAGCAGUACCGCGAUGCAACCUCAUCACUUCCGGUUCCUGCACUGAAUCUCAACCAGUACUGGGGUCCCGGUGAUGCAAAGCAGUAUAAACAGGACACCACCAUCAAACCAUUCAAAGUCGCCUACCCACCAGAGGUGAUUGAAAAGCUACGUUCCAAGCUGAACGAUGCCCCCACGCUAGUGAAACCCCUGGAAGGAACGGCUUUCGAAUACGGCUUCAACAGCAACCGGUUGCAGGACAUUCUGAAAUACUGGAAAUCCACCUACCUGAACAAGUGGAACGAACGGGAAGCAUUCCUGAACCAAUUUCCACACUUCCAAACGCAAAUACAAGGACUGAACAUUCACUUCAUUCAUGUCAAACCGAACGUGCCUGCCGGCACAAAAGUCCUGCCACUGUUGCUACUACACGGAUGGCCCGGAUCGGUGCGUGAAUUCUACGAUGUCAUCCCAAAGCUGACAACCAAAUCGAACGACAAGGACUUUGUAUUCGAAGUGAUUGUUCCCAGUUUGCCUGGUUAUGGAUGGUCCCAGGGGGCCUCCAAACAGGGACUCAGCCCAUCUAGAAUUGCAGUCAUCAUGAGAAAUCUGAUGGCUCGUAUUGGACAUAAGAAAUACUAUGUACAGGGAGGCGAUUGGGGCUCCCUAAUAGCCAACCUAAUGUCCACCCUGUUUCAGGACAACGUCACUGGCGUCCACAUGAACAUGUGCGGAAUGAAUGGAUUGCAGGCAAUUUUGAAAUCUGUGAUUGCCAGCUUUGCCCCUUCACAGUUCGUCGACGAGAAGUACGUUGAGUACUACUAUCCAGCUGGGCCUAAAUUUAAAUACCUACUCACCGAAUCGGGCUACAUGCACCUGCAGGCCACCAAGCCGGACACCAUCGGAACGGCCCUAGUCGGCAAUCCGGUGGGUCUUGCCGCUUACAUUAUGGAAAAGUUUUCCACCUGGACCAACCCAUCCUAUCGCCAACUGCCGGACGGUGGCCUCGAGAAGUACUUCACCCUGGACAGCCUGUUGGACAACAUCAUGAUCUACUACCUGACCGAUUCCAUCACGACUUCGCAGCGGAUCUACUCGGAAGCAUUCAGCGCCGAAGAGAUGGCCAUAGGCAUCGAUCGGAUUCCCACGCAGGUUCCGGCGGCUUGUGCCAAAUUCAAGUACGAGCUGAUGCACACCGUCGAUUGGGCUCUGCGGGAUCAUUUCGUCAAUCUGGUCCAGAGCAACCAUUUCGACGAUGGUGGACACUUUGCAGCCAUGCAGCUACCGAAUGUGCUGUAUAAGGAUUUCGUGGAGUUUGUGAAAAAGGUUGAACACUGAACGGGGGGUGAUUUGGUUUUUUUUAGCAACUGGUAGACUGAGAGUCAUUUGUGUUGGUUCAUUU